CUUUCCUUUCUUUUCCUCGCAAGUCCUUAACAUCGUAUCCUCCGCCUCCAUUAUAUCUUUUAUCCUCUUCCUUCCCCUCUUCACUCAUACUUUCCCAUUUUCUCUCCUUUUCCUCAAAGAAGAUGGCUUUCUCUGCUCCCACUGCCAACUUUACUCCUCUCAAUACCCCUUUCCUCAGAUCUCACGAUAACACCCUCGUAUCCUCCCUCUCCCCCUCACCCUUCUUCGGAUCCACCGCCAAACUCCGCCUCUCUUCUUCCCCCAAUUUCAAUCUCCACCGUCGAUCUGGAUCCGUCGUCGCCGUUUCCGAAGCCGUCAAGGAGAAGAAAUUCAAAUCCACCCGCAACCUGUUAAUUACGAAAGAGGAAGGAUUGGAAUUGUACGAAGAUAUGGUACUGGGACGGGCAUUUGAAGACAUGUGUGCUCAGAUGUACUACAGGGGAAAAAUGUUUGGUUUCGUUCAUCUCUACAACGGCCAAGAAGCUGUUUCAACUGGUUUCAUUAAACUCUUGAAGCUACAAGAUUCUGUCGUCAGCACGUACCGCGAUCACGUGCACGCCUUGAGCAAAGGCGUCCCUGCACGCGCCGUCAUGAGCGAACUCUUCGGUAAGACCACCGGCUGCUGCCGCGGCCAAGGUGGGUCGAUGCAUAUGUUUUCUCGUGAGCACAAUUUGCUUGGUGGGUUUGCCUUUAUUGGUGAAGGGAUUCCCGUCGCGACGGGGGCAGCUUUUACCUCCAAGUACAAGAGAGAGGUUUUGAAAGAAGCAGAUUGUGAUCAUGUAACCUUGGCGUUCUUUGGGGAUGGAACUUGCAAUAAUGGCCAGUUCUUUGAGUGUUUGAACAUGGCGGCGUUGUGGAAGUUGCCCAUUGUGUUUGUUGUUGAGAACAAUUUGUGGGCUAUUGGGAUGUCUCAUUUGAGGUCUACUUCUGAUCCUCAAAUUUAUAAGAAAGGACCAGCUUUUGGGAUGCCUGGUGUUCAUGUCGACGGGAUGGAUGUUUUGAAGGUGAGGGAAGUGGCUAAGGAUGCGAUUGCUCGGGCGAGGAGAGGAGAAGGUCCAACAUUGGUCGAAUGUGAGACGUAUAGGUUCAGAGGACACUCGCUGGCUGACCCUGAUGAGCUUCGUGACCCUGAUGAGAAGGCGCGCUAUGCCAUGAGAGAUCCCAUCGCAGCCCUGAAGAAGUACAUCAUUGAGAACAAUCUGGCCAGUGAAGCCGAGUUAAAGGCCAUUGACAAGAAGAUAGAUGAGGUGGUCGAGGAUGCUGUUGAGUUUGCAGAUGAAAGCCCGGUUCCACCUCGUAGCCAGCUACUCGAAAAUGUGUUUGCAGAUCCAAAAGGUUUUGGAAUUGGACCUGAUGGCCGAUACCGAUGUGAGGACCCAAAGUUCACCCAAGGCACUGCACAUGUGUAAGCCUUUCCAAAGUAGGACAGAGAUCAAUCUAUUUAUGUACACUUCUUACUGGCAUGUUGGGUACUUGUUCUUGGUGUUUCUUAUGUCAUGUUUAGGUUGUCUGUUUUCUAAAAUUUUGAAUUCAUGAUAUAAUCUCCAUUUGUUACUGGAACAAAUGCUUUGAAUGGAAAACCCCAAAAGGUUGGAUGGCCC